UCUUCUCUUUUAAAGGGACAUACUAUUUCCUCAACAUCCACCAGGUCCAAUACAACGCCCAACAAAGUUAUCAUAUAAUGCGUCUACUGUGAAAAGUAAUUUUCUUACUAAUGGAAAAACAACACCAACAACUCCCGAUGUAUUAGAUCAAAUAAAAUGUAUAAUUGAUCAUCAAGAACCUCUAACAGAAAUGACACCAACAGUGGCUAGUUCUAAUGGUUUAGCGACACCUGGCAUUUGGUCUAAUUUUUCUCCCAGUGAAUGGCCAUCAAAAUAUCAAUCAUCUUGGCCAACAACAAAUAUCAAUAGUCCAUCCACACUUUUACCAACUCAAAUUCAAAAUCCAUUUAUUUCAGUUUCAUCAUCACUAUCAUCCGUCCAAUCACCGUUGAGUUUUCUACCAACAAUACCUACUUCACUAACAGACGAAGAUGAUUCAACAAAAUCAAAACUAUGGUCAAAUGAAUCAGUAUGGUCAGCGAACAUUUUACCUACGACUUCUACAACGACAACAACAAACUCUUCAACAUCAAAAUCAGCAUGGAUUGAUCUACUUUUACCAUCAUUAGAGUUUCAAAAUUCACAACAAACAACAAAUAAAAUUAGUUCGAAUGAAAAAGAAAAUAGCUCAUGGUUAAAAUUUUGGCAGUGUGUUCCCGAUACAAAUCAAACAGGAACUGAUGAGCAAGUUGGUGAAACGACCAAAAAUAAAGAUUUAUGGAGUCCAUUAGAAACGAUCAGUCUUAAUUUGUUAACGUCAGAUACAAUUUCAUCACUCGACACUGCUUGCUCUACGCUACCAUCUUCCAAUGAUAUUUGUCAAGAGCAUCAACAGCACGAUAUAUUAUGGCCAUCUGCUGCUGUUACGACUGUUGAUGAUGUAGUUGAAAAUGAUGGAUUUAAUGGAAACAAUGAAAAUGACAAUAAAGCAUCUAAAGAACGAAUUUCCUUACAAUCAAAAUGGGAUUUUGCUCGUUGA